AGGAGGUAGAACGGGCGAAGAGGAACAAGGUGGUCCACAUCGCUAUGGAGAUCAUGAGCUCAGAGAAAGUAUUUGUGGAUGUCCUGAAGUUACUUCACAUCGAUUUCCGGGAUGCAGUUGCGAAGGCGACUCGUGCGAGCGGGAAACCAUUGGUGGAGGAGAAAGUGUUGAACCAGAUCUUGUACUAUCUGCCUCAGCUAUACGAACUCAACAAAGACCUGCUGAAAGAGCUGGAGGAGAGAGUGGCACACUGGUCUGAUCACCAGAGGUUGGCUGAUAUUUUCGUUCAGAAGGGUCCAUAUCUGAAAAUGUACUCCACGUACAUACGAGAGUUUGACCGUAAUGUGGCUCUGCUGGAUGAACAGUGUCGCAAAAAUCCCCCUUUUUCCAGUGUUGUGCGUCAGUUUGAGACAAGUCCUCGCUGUGCUAGUCUUGCUUUGAAGCAUUACCUGCUGAAACCGGUGCAGCGGAUCCCUCAAUACCAGCUUCUGCUCACAGAUUAUUUAAAAAAUCUUCCUGAGGAUUCUUCCGACUACAAAGACACACAAACGGCUCUUAGUGUGGUAAAAGAAGUGGCAAACCAUGCAAAUGACAUCAUGAAGCAAGGGGACAACUUUCAGAAGCUGAUGCAGGUUCAGUACAGUCUGAAUGGUCACCAUGAAAUUGUCCAGCCUGGCAGAGUUUUCUUGAAAGAGGGCACUUUAAUGAAACUUUCUAGGAAAGUUAUGCAGCCCAGAAUGUUCUUCCUGUUUAAUGACAUCCUGCUGUACACAACACCAGUGCAGUCUGGACAGUAUAAAGUCAACAGUAUGCUCUCUCUGGCUGGCAUGAAGGUGAGCAAACCCAGUCAGGAGGCGUAUCAGAAUGAGUUAAACAUUGAGAGUGUUGAAAGAUCCUUCAUACUGUCUGCCAAUUCAGCGACUGAAAGAGAUGAAUGGUUGGAAGCCAUUGCUACAGCAAUAGAUGAUUACACCAGAAAGAAGAUUUCGUUCUUCUCCAGUCGAAGCCAAGAGCUGGAAGGAAUCUCUGACGAUGGUUUACCACUGGGCUCUAAGGCUCCUAUCUGGAUUCCAGAUUUACGAACGACUAUGUGUAUGAUCUGCACGUGCGAGUUCACUCUGACCUGGAGACGCCAUCACUGCCGUGCCUGUGGAAAGGUGGUGUGUCAGGCAUGUUCGUCUAAUAAAUUCUACCUGGAAUACCUGAAGAAUCAACUGGCAAGAGUGUGUGACCAUUGCUAUAUUAAACUACAGCACAAGGGCGACCAAUCCAAUGUGACCUUUUCCCCUAGUGGGCGGGGCUCAACAUUCGCUUUUUCUAGAAAACAGAAGAAGAUUCCAUCAGCUCUCAAGGAGGUGUCUGCCAACACUGAGAACUCCUCCAUGAGUGGAUAUCUGCACAGAUCUAAAGGCCACAAGAAACCAUGGAAGAGGCUGUGGUUUGUCAUUAAGAACAAAGUCCUCUACACUUAUGCUGCCAGUGAAGAUGUUGCAGCAUUGGAGAGUCAGCCACUGCUGGGGUUUUUCCUCCGAGAGGAGAAGACAGGACCUGCUCAAAAACUGCAGUUUAAACUCUACCAUAAAAACACACUCUACUACAUCUUUAGAGCUGAGGAUAUUCCCACUGCACAGAGGUGGAUCGAGGCAUUUCAGGAGGCCAUGAUUCUUUGA